CAAGCUUCCUCGCCUGCAUGCCAAGCAUUUCGCACUGAAGACUACUGCACCAUGAUUUUCACCCGCUCCAUCCUCCUGGCCCUGUCGGCCUUUGGUCUCGCAUCGGCAGCUCCAGUCGACGAGAUCCUCCCACCCCACGUGGAAAAACGUGGCCCCUCUGACUUCUACUUGGCCCCUGAGCACCCCUUGAUGCUAGCCCGCCUCAAUGCCUCCCUCGAAGCCCGGGGCAUGUCCCUCGAAGCUCGUACCAACUACGUCCAGAACUACAAAACUGGAGGUACCGUCAACUUUACGCCCUCGGGCAACGGCUUCAACCUCAAUUUCAACACCAACAACGACUUCGUCGUCGGUGUAGGCUGGAACCCCGGUUCUCGCAGCCCCAUCACCCACUCCGGCUCUUUCAGCGUCACCCGCGGCUUGGGCACUUUGUCCGUCUACGGAUGGACCACCAACCCGCUUGUUGAGUACUACGUCAUUGAGGACUCGGGCGGUUUCUCGCAGACGGGCACGAAGAAGGGCACUGUGACCAGUGAUGGUGGCACUUAUACCAUCUGGGAGAAUGUGCGAACCAAUGCGCCUUCGAUUCAGGGCACGCGCACUUUCAACCAGUACAUCUCUGUUCGAAAUGGUGGUCGUCCCAGUGGUACUGUCACCAUCAACAACCACUUCAAUGCUUGGGCUAGCCAUGGUAUGAACCUUGGCGCUCUCAACUUCCAGGUCAUCGCUGUUGAGAGCUGGAAUGGUGCUGGUUCUGCCCAGCAGACUGUCACCAACUAAAACCCUUGCGCAUGGGCUCUUGGUGAAAGCCUUGCCCACGGUCUCUUGGCUCUUUAUGAACCCCAACUUUCCUUGGAGGGUCGCUAUUAGGGGAUGUGUUCUAUUCCAUUCUGAUACACAAAGUGGCGGCGUGUAUGCGGCCUCAAACCUAUGGUCCCCAGCACUCAUGUACCCAGCUUUAUGAUGCAGCCGUUCGCAUCUUGUCCUUUAUUUAUCUUUGACAGAGUCAAAUCACUCAACCCGAGCAAACCUGUCUGAA